UUGAAUAAGAAUUCUCAGCAGGUGAGGAGAAAAUUUUUCUCUCUACGAUCUAUCAUCAAUAUGAGAAAAUUCAAUGUUACCCCAAAAAUUAGCGGUCAAAUCUAAAAUUCAACAUAAGCAAUGCAUAAUGUAUGAUAUCGGGAAUUCUAUCUCGUUUGCCUUCGUGGGCUUUCUUUUUCUUUUUCUUUUGUUUGUUCUUUUUUUCUUUCUCUUUCUUUUUCCCUUUCACUCUUUUUUCUCUUCUUGUUUUUCUAGCCGUUAGGAUACUUCGUAGUCUGACUCCUUAGAGAAUUAAAAGGAACUAAAUUGUUUAGCAUAAUUUUCUUCUUACUAUAGUGUCUGUUUGCUUUUUUCUUCUAUUUAAUUAUAUGUAAAUUCUUUGAACAGGCAAAAUGGGAAGAUCAAAAAUCAACAUGGAACGUAUUCAAGAUCACAAGAAUAGGAAGUCCACCUUCCUGAAACGGAAGGCUGGAUUAAUCAAAAAAAUCUCAGAGCUCUCAAUACUUUGUGACAUCAAAGCAUGCAUGAUUAUAUAUGACUCCCACCAAGGAAAUAAUCAAGUUAUUUCUCAACAUGAUGAAAUCUGGCCAAAUGAUCCAAAUGAAGUUCAAGAGCUAAUAAAUCUCUACAAAAACCAACCACUCGAAAGCCGGAGCAAAAGGGCUAAGAGCUUGUCCAGCUUCUUUGAAAACCAAAAAAGAAAGGCUGAGAUUCAAAUGGGAAAAUUGAAGAAAAAGAUCAAAGCAGAAAAGUAUCCCAACUGGGAUUCAAGAUUUGACUAUUUAUCUAAAGAAGAGCUAAGAAAUCUUGUUGGAGUUCUUGAGGAAAAGAUCAAUACUGCAAAGCGAAAAUCCGAAUUCUUGAAGAGCAUGAAUCUUCAAGUUUCAAUUGGAAGUUAUCUGUCUCAUCAAGAAAUAUGGGACUACCCUGAGCUCAUGAACGACAGCAUGAACCAUUCAGUUGGAAGUUCUCUUUCUCAUCAAGAAAUAUGGGACUACCCUGAGCUCAUGAACGACAACAUGAACCAUUCAAUUGGAAGUUCUGUUUCACAUCAAGAAAUAUGGGACUACCCUGAGCUCAUGAACAACAACUUGAACCAAAGUACCCCGUGGCCUGUUUCUUAUGUGAAUCCUUUUAUCGAUAUUAGUAACAACUUCUUUCAAGAAUUCACAAGUGAUUUUCAAGUAAAUAUUCCAAGUGGUGUGAAUCCAAGGGGAGCGGGGAUGGAUAAUAGGCUUCGUACUGUAGAUGAUUAUCAAUUUGGCAAUGCAGAUUCUAUGAAGACUGAGGCAAAAAAUUGGUUGGCGAAUAAUGGAAUUGGUUCAAGUUCAACAAUGCAGCCUAUGCCUAUGGACCCUUUCAUAUACAGUGGCUCUACUCAUAUGCCUUAUGGAUUCCAGUAGUUUUGAUUUUGAUCAUUAUACGACGAACACAUUUUGCGUGUAAUUAAUUAGUAUAGUUCCUCCUUUGUUUGCUUUAGAAGCAGUUGGAGCAAACAAAUUAGGAACUUCUUCUGUUAUAUUAAA